AUGUCCUUCUGCAGGAUAACGGGGAGGAGCCGGGGCCUCCCCAAGCCAAAUUACUUUCCGUUGCUGCCGCCAAUAAGUCCAGCUGAUGCUAAACGCUUUUGCCGGAUAACUGGUAAAUCUUACGGUCUACCCACGCACCACUACAUUCCCGUAUUGCUCGGUGUGCACGGCAAUGAUAAAUCCAAAUGUAGAAUAACAAACAACUCUGGUCUUGGUCCACAUCACUACACAGCUGGCCUGAUUCUCGGAGAGAAGAAGCGGCACGUGAUUGUCAAGGACUAUCGUUACGUAUUUCCAGUGCUGGAGGGUGAUAGCGAGCAACAGAAGGCGUUGAGAGACCUACUGGAGACGAAAAAGCCGCUGGAGGACGAGGAGAACCUGAAAUUCGUGUACACGGUUCAGGAGAGGAGAUGUAGUUUGGUCUUUCCAGCAAGACUCGAGGCGGCGGUGAGGGACGGAGACGUCAGUGACGUUAUGCUAUCGAGAGACUGUGAUACAGUUCUGCUGAGGCUCAAGCAGGGCCGCAAUGUUUCAGUGGACUUCAAGGAACUGGAUGACUUCAAUCAUCUGUACGAGGGGCUGGGAGCCCACGAGGAAGUGAUAAAGGAGCGAGAGAAACUGGAAGCCGAAGCGCGGAAGCGGAAGAGAAAACGCGCUGCCAAGCUGAAUUACGCGAAGAAGGUGUUCGAAGAUAAGGAGAAAGCGGCGGAUGAAGAGGAGUUCAAGAGAGCGAAGCAGCUGAAAUUGAGAAGCAUCAGGGAGGAUCUGAAGGAGGAGAGGAGUCACUGGAGGAAUGUUGAUCUGAGCCACGCGAGAUCCGGGGAGAGACAGCUGACGAUGGUCACUGAGAAUCUAGAAAGCUUCGUGCAUCCGAUCACGAAGACAUGUAACUGGAGGGCGAUUGAGAGAAACGUUGGGAAGAUCGGCGGAACGCCGGUUGUUGAGGAACUGCCGACACCGAUUGACGUGCCGGCUCAGGUGAUUGACCUUGAGGCGACGGAAGUCGGUGUUGUCACCUCGCCGGUAUCGGAAGAGACCGGCGGACUGGAAGCGAUAUCUGUGAUUAAGCCGCUGACGCCGUUGACAGCUGAGCCAGAUCCUGGAAUCCAGAUACUACUGGCGGAACUCCCUCCAGCUGAGCUGGAAAGAACAGCUGAUGUGAAAGAGAAGUUUUUGUCUGGAGGAGAAACAGCGCUCCAGGAACUCCCGACAGUCAAGGAGAUUCCAGACCUUGUGAGGAAGGUCCAGACCGGAGUGAAGUGUGAGAUGCAUAAGGUGAAAGGUCUGAAGGUGGAUAUAGAAUCAGCUCAGCGAUUCGUCACUGGCCAGACUGUUGAGACUCCAGUGGGUCCUGUGUUCGUCCCUGGACAAACGCUGCAGACGCCACAGGGGCCGACUUUCGUCCCAGGAUUCACGGUUCACACCCCGGAGGGGCCGCUACUAAUACCCGGACAGAUAGUUACGAUUCCAGAGGGUGGGAAACAGACUCCAGUGUUCAUAGCUGGACAAACUCUGGAGACCAAGAGCGGGCGGAAGUUCGUUCAGGGUCAGACGAUUCAUACGAACGAAGGAGCUAAAUUCGUUCAGGGACAGACGGUGCUGACGGAGGAAGGUCCGAAAUUCGUCGCUGGACAAGUCCUGGAGAAUGUUUUCGUUCCUGGACAGACGGUUCUGACGGAGGCUGGAGCUACUUUCAUGCCUGGACAGACUAUUACAGAGCAAAAUCGCGAGCAUAUAUUUGUCCCUGGACAGAGUGUAAAGGUGAACGAUGAUUGGGAGUUCAUUCCUGGACAGUGUUUGGUAUCACCCACUGGAGAACCAACGUUCACACCUGGAAGAACUAUGCAGACGUCGGAGGGAAUGCGGUUCGUCGCCGGGCAGAAUGUUACAUCCAAAACUGGAGAAGUGAAUUUCGUUCCCGGGAUGACCCUGAAGACUCCAGAAGGGAGUAGAUUCAUUCCCGGAACCACUCUGGAAACUCCAGAGGGUUCGAAGUUCGUUCAGGGAAUGAUACUCAACACAAGUGAGGGAGAAAAAUUCAUCCCGGGGAGAACAAUCUCCAGACCCGAUGGCUUUGAGUUCGCAGCGGCUAAGAGUAUCGAGGACAUAACAUUCCUGGAGUCUGGACCGACUGGAAUUCCAGUGGACCCCAAAACUGCGAGUGCAAUCUCGCUUCUCCACCAGCAGGAAGUCUUCGGGCACAUGAUUCAGACCGAAAAUGGGGUGGAAUUCAUACCGAAAACCUUGGGAAAAUCUCCAGAAGGUAAACGGAUUGUUCCAGGACAACUGGUGAGAGGUGGCAAAGACGGCCCACGGUUUGUUCCUGGAGUGAUGACCGAGGAGGGUUUCGUUCCAGGUCAGAUAGUGCUUACUGAAAAAGGCGAGCAGUUCGUACCCGGUCAAGUAGUAGAAACCAGUUCCGGUCCGAAAUUCGUUCCAGGAAGGAUGGUAAACACUCGAAGCGGUCCGAAGUUCGUGCCUGGACAAACGGUGGACACCGACGAGGGCCCGCGUUUUGUUCCUGGACAGAUUGUCCAGACAAAAGUUGGCCCAACGUUCAUUCCAGGACAGGUGAUAUCUACCGAAGACGAGGGCUCCAGGUUCGUUCCAGGACAGGUUGUCGACACUCCAGACGGCCCGCGAUUCGUUCCAGGCUGUGUAGUCGAGUCUGGAACGCUGGGGGUGACCUUCGUUCCUGGACAAAUAGUGCAGACAGAGGAGGGGCCGAGAUUCGUAGCCCCGGACUUGGCGGACACACCAGAAGGCGAAAUGGAAUUCUCGGUACAGGGUUUUGAAGUCACACCUGAAGAGCUUGGAUUACUUCGGCCUUCACAUUCCCACUGCAACGGCACAACAGAGCACAACGGAGAGCCCAGCAUCGAUGCGAGACUCCUGAGACAACUCUCUGAAGCUGGAAUGUCGAUCGGCCGAAAGAUAUCAGCCAAUGUACCCAGUGUUGACGUCGACGUUGACGCGACAGCAGUAGCUCUCGAGCACGCCCUGAUAAUCGCCGAGAAACUGGGCCUCCGUAAGGACUCAGCAGUGAAAAUGGCGCAAGUAGUCUCAACAGUCUCGCAACUGGCUCAUAACAUCGUCAAGCAGCAUCAGAAUGGAGGAAAACUAAAUUUCGAGAACAUGUGCAAUGGGCAGACGCCGAUCGUCACCAACGGACAAGCGCAUGACGAUCAUGACGAAGACAUUGACUGGAUGCACAAAGCCAUCAAGACAGCGAUAGCUGCCGCUGUCCUGGCGAUAACCGACGAUACCGAUCAUCGGGAGAACGGAAAAAGACAUCCUGACAGUUAUGUGCUGUCAUCCAUUAGCGAAGCCUUCAACGUAGUCCUCCGGAAGAACUCCAUCAGCAUCGAUGAAUCGGUGAACGAAGUCCUGAAGACUUUGCUCAUCCCUCAGAACAGGAAGAGUCUCUGUCAAAGGACCAUCUCCGAUCUCCUUCAAUCAAGCAGCAACAAGAUUGACAUUCUGAAAUCAACGGUCGUAGGACAAUCGUUGAAGAACGAUAUUGUCUUGGAAAGGUUGUCAGCUGUUCUCGAGGAGGAGCAGGGAAACGAGCUGAUCGGCUCCGCCUUUCGGAAAGUCUCGGAGGGCAACCCAGAGCUGGUCUCCAGCGUCUUGAAGAAGGUCUCGCAAGAAGUCGCUGCUCUCUCCACGGAGAGGGAAGCUGCGGAGACGGUUCACAAGGCGAUUGUCGAUGCCGUCAGAGAAUCCAGUGAGCUUCAAGUCCAGAAGCUGCUGAAUGACGAAGGCAUCCAUCUGCGGGAGUUGAUCCUGCAGGCGGUUGGUCUGGCGAGGGCUUUGGGCAUGUCGUCGACGGCGAGUAGUCUUCUGAAUGUCAUCAGCGAUGAGAAGUCCACACGGGCACUUGCAGGGGACAAGGUGACUCUGGACAUCUUGAAGAGGCUGACUGUCAUGAGAAAAUUGGCGGAGGCGCGUCCGCAGUUCGUCGCAGCGCUGCGCAAUCUCUGCAGCGAUCCUGAACUCGCCAGAACGGAUCCAAGACUGAGGACUCUUGUUCGUGAGAGCGCAGCACUCAUGAUCGUCCCUGAGGAUGUGCCCUUGCAGUCGUCAAGUGACAUCCCGACGGCUCUGCUGAAUGCGGAAAACAGUCUCGCUAUCGAGGAUUUCUUCAUUCGGAGGAAUCAGAAACCUUCUACGAUAUUUAUGAUUCUUAAGAAGGGUCUGCAGACCGUCGUCCCCAGGGAUGCGUCGCGCGCGGUUUUGACGGGGCAGGUCGCUUAUACCGUUCUCGAUGAGAAUGGAAUAUCGCACUUUGAGCCACUUCAUGUAUUUUCGGCACUGAAACUGAAUAAACCGUCAGCCCAUCGCUUCUCGAUGUACGCUAUUCCCGUUGCUGGGGAGGAGGAUUACGAGGUGGAGACGAGCGUGACAGCUUCCAUCACCUCGACGACUGAGGCUGAGAGAAUACAGAAUGGGCAUUGCCGGGCUUCCAGGGAGUCCAGUGUGGGGAUCAAUCUUACGGAUAGGACUUUGGAGAAUUCCAUGAGUAGGGAGAAUACGCCCAGUUUGAGGAGACGUAGUAGUGCUCAUCCCGAAGGAUUUUGGGAUAACGGGAACCAGGAUAAUUUCAUAGUGACGAAGGACUAUGUAUCGAAGGAAGACAGCAGCUUCUGUGUAGCUGUCGGUGAGAUCGUCGAAGCCGUUGAAUUUCAAGACGACUUGACCAAGAGAGCUAGAAUGGAUCCUGAUCUAGAGAUUGGUGAGGUCGGAGCUUGUCUGGAUAGCUCCGCAGCUCGUCACAAAAUAUCGGUGAGACCCAAGAGAAGACAUACCGAUUCACGAGCUAGGGGUGUCAUAAGAUCAAACUCGGACUCUAAUAUCCAGAGAGCACUAGUGCGAAAAAUAGACGGAAAAGAGGGAUGGCUGCCAAUGUCAAUACUCAUGCAGACAGCUCCCAGCGAGGACAGCUCAACCCUGACGAGUCAACACCGCCCAGAAGAUUCCCGAUAUCGACGAGAAGCUGUGGUGAAGGAAUUGGUUGAAACCGAGGAGGAGUUCGGUAAGGACCUCCAACAAGUCGUCGAGAGGUACCUGAAACCCCUGGACAAUCCAGGAGUCCCCAGGGCCGUUCGGGAUAACAAAGAAAUCAUUUUCACGAAUCUCAAACAAAUCGCUGAUUUCCAUAACACAUCGUUCGGCAGGGUUUUAAUCGAGGGUGUCAAGUACUACGCGGACCAGCCGAGAAUGCUCGGGAAAACAUUUCUGAGACUGGAGAGAGAUUUCGACAAACACGUGGCUUAUUGUCGAGACGAACCCGCUGCGCAAGAAUUACUACAGACAAACAACGAAGUUCGAGAAUAUUUCGAGGAGCUGAGCCAGACCCUCGGAGACGAUAAAAGCGUGUCGGAGCAUCUCAAGCUUCCGAUACAACGCAUCAACGACUACCAGCUCCUGCUGAAGGAGCUGGUUAAGUAUUCGACCCGACUAGGGGAAAAUUGCGACGACCUCCAGAAGGCCCUGGAGUUGAUGCUGGGUAUCCCCCACCAAGCAACCGACAACAAAUUCACAAGUAAUAUCGAAGGAUUCAAGGGUAACAUUCACAAACUCGGUAGACUCCUGACCCACGAGUGGUUCACGGUAACCGACAAAGACGGAAAGAGCAAAGAGCGUUAUUUGUUCCUCUUCAAAGCUCGAAUUCUCGUCUGCAAAGUCCGGAGAAUAUCCGAGGAUCGGUCGGUUUUCGUACUGAAAGACAUAAUAAAAUUGCCGGAGGUCGAGGUCAAGGAUUAUCCGGCCGACCAGCGAAUAUUUGAACUCCAUAAUCCCGAGUUGCCAGGCUAUCCGAUCACCCUUGUCGCCCACAAGGAUCAGGUGAAGAAGACUUGGCUGAAGGAAAUACGUCAGUACGCGAGCGAUCUGGUGGCCCUUGCUGAGCAUGCGGCUGACGAUCUCCAAUUGACCGAGGAGAAUCCCAACGACGAGGCCAAGGGCACCAGCGUCAAUCCCCCUCCGCCCCCCAAACCGGAAGUGCCGAAGCCCAAGGUCGAAGCGAAAGCUGCUACUAAAGCUGAGGAGCCGAGGACAGCUGAGAAGAGGGAGAGUACCACCAAGGUCGACGAUUCUGAUAUCAAGAAAACGAGGACUGACGAGAGCCAAGAGAUGUCCGGCCGAUACUCGGCGAGUCGCUUCAGCGCCUCUUCGAAAGUCGUCGAAGAGUAUUCGUCAGUAUCCAGCAGUAGAAAUGGCACGUCGUCCUACGUCGAGACGUCGAUGUCAGGCUCGCAGAGUGAGCGAAGAUCCUCGUCAUCCUUGUACGGUGCUGCAACAAUCCAGGAGUCUUCGAGUUCCUACCACACGGCCGUCAGUGGAUCCUCUGGAGACACGAGGAUCGCCAAACUGGCGCUGACUGCUACCGAAACUGGAAAACCCAAGUUCGUGAAGACUAUCGAGGGCAUCAGCGCUGAACCCAUCCGAGCGAAACAGGCUGUUAUGCACGUUAUAGCUGGCGAGUCAGCGACAUUCGAAUGCACCCUCGAGACCAGUGGUUCCGCCUCCAGACUGCAUUGGCUGAAGGACAACAAGCCCCUGGAUGACAAACUCGCGGACAGAAUCAACGUCACAUCCACCGAGAAUUCGUUCAAACUCAAAAUUCUCAACGUCAUGGAGAGUGACACGGGAAUUUACACAGCACGCGCUGCCAAUGGCGACGGAAAUGCCACCUGCACAGCCCAAUUGAUCGUUGAGAAUUUAACCGCUGAGGAGCGAAAAGCCAAGGCCGAAGCUAAGGCGCCAGUAUUCCUAGUGCGACUCAAGGACACUGAACUUCUGGAGAACACGUAUCUUCGGUUCAUGAUCAAGGUCAAGGGCGAUCCAAAUCCCGAUUUGAAAUUCUUCAAAGAUGGUGUUCUAAUCGAUUCUAAGCAAGAAAGGAUAAAAAUCGUGACUGAAAAAUCGGACAAGGGUUUCUACGAGCUAGUGAUCCCCGACGUUCAGAAAACCGACGCAGGAAAAUACUCCUGCACAGCGACGAAUCAGUUCGGUGAAGCGUCCUGCGAGGCAAAAGUCUCAGUGACCGACGAAAAAACCCUCUUCGCAGGGCUCCCAGAGGGUAUCUUCGAGCCCGGCACCGAGCCCUCCUUCAAAUGGCUGCGGGACGGCAAGCCCUUCGACCCCGAGGAGCGCUUCAAAGUCCUCUUCGAGGACAAGGAGGACACCCUCGCCCUGGUCUUCCAGCACGUCAAGCCAGAGGACGCAGGUUUAUACACCUGCGUGGCUCAGACGAGCACUGGAAACAUCAGCUGCAGUGCUGAGCUGACAGUCCAAGGAAAUGUGAAUCAACUCUUGAAGGAACCGGCGAAACCAGUCCUUGGGAGUGAAUCCAAGAAAUCGGAGGUCAACGUCGGCGGCUCUGCCAUGCUGGAUCUUCAAGUAAAGGGAUUCCCCAAGCCUCAGAUCACGUGGAGCAAGGAUGGAAAGGAAAUCCUGGCUGGGGGGAGGAUAAAGUACCUCUGGGAGGACGAGGAGUCCCUCUCUCUCGUCAUCAAGAACGUGACGAGCGAUGACGGCGGGGUUUACACCAUCAAAGCGAAGAAUGAAUUGGGAGAGGACACGACGUACAUAGAGCUCAUCGUCAAAUCCGCCCCGAAGAUCGUGAAGAAGAUGACUGACACCUUCGUUUACAUCGAAACCGACGCCAAAAUGACGGUUCAGAUUCAGGCGUCGCCAGCUCCGGACGUCACGUGGUACAAGGAUGGGCAGGUGAUCAAGGAAUCCGACAGGAUUUCGUUUGUGAAGGAGGGAAGUGACAGCUAUAGUCUCAUUAUCAAGAGCUGCAAGCUCACGGAUACAGGGUCGUACUCGAUUAUGGCCAAGAAUGAGAUCAAUCAAACGUCUGAUGUCUGGAACUUCGACGUCAAGUGCCCACCGAAGAUCAAGAAGAAGCUGGGGGAGUCUAGGAUUAUCGAGGAGGGGGCUAGUCUCACUCUGCAGAUCGAAGUGGAGACCACGCCUGAGCCGGACGUUGUUUGGCUGAAGGAUGAUGUAGUUAUCAAGGAGGACCAGAGGAUCACGAUUGUCGAUAACGGGGGGACGAAGAUCUUGAAGAUCAGCGAGACUGUGGGAACUGACGCCGGGGUUUAUAAGGCCAAAGUCAGUAAUAAGGAUGGGACCACUGUGGAUCAAGUUGGAAUUGAGGUGAAAUGUGCCCCAAGAUUCAAGAAAAGUAUGGCCGAUGUAAUCACAAAAGUCGGGGCAACCAGUGCUGAAUUCACGGUUGAAGUUGCUGGUUACCCGCGACCCAAGGUCCAAUGGUACAUCAACAAAAGCGAAAUAACCGAAGAAAAGAAAGAAUUCGUGACAUCCUCAGAAGGUGACAUUCACAAGCUCGUCGUCAAGGACAUCAAAGAAGAGCGUUCUGGCACUUACAUGUGUAAAUUGACCAACCAGUACGGUUCAGACUCCAGCAGUGGACAACUGAUUGUCUACUGCAAGCCGAAAAUCGUGAAGAAAUUGGUGGAUCAGAAGCUGAACGAGGGAGAGACUCUCAAAUUGGCUGUGCAAAUAUCGGGCACGCCGGAUCCAGAUAUCAAAUGGUUCAAGGAUGGAAAAGAAGUUUCUGCAGAUGCUAGGAUCAAAAUCACACGGGACAGUCAGAGGAAAGAGAGCUAUGAUCUCACUUUGAACUUGGUGAAGGGAUCUGACGGGGGUACUUAUGAAGUUAGAGCUGAGAACGAGAUGGGAAGUGUCACUUGCAAGAGCAAAGUCAUUGUUUUGACCAAGUCGGAAGCAAAGACUGAAACAUUAGACGAAGAUGCAUCGAAGAAGAAGAAAGCAGUUGAGGAAGAUAUUUCGGUAGAAAAACAACAAGCUGAAGGACCAGAAGGUUGCGAGAAACUGGUGAAGAGGAGUAUCGAGAAAGUCAAGGGAAAGGAAGGUGAAACGAUAACAAUAUCCGUGGAAUCAACAACAGAGCAUGAAGCUACGAUGACAGGUCCUGACGAGCGUCACACAAUCAGCAAAAUGAAAUCAACGAAAGUCGAGUGCCAGGAGAUUCACACGGACGGACCACAGGUAGAAGAGAUAGCUUCUUACAGUUACACAAUACAAGACGAUGAGAACAGCCAGAAGCCUCAGAACGGGAUAUUGAUCGAGGAAUUUUCAGAAGAAGACGAUAGGAAGAACAAGCUAUCUGUGAACCGAGGGGUCUCGAUAGUAUCGGUAUCCGAUGACGAAUCCACCCUGAAAGCUCUCUCUAGAGACGUCAGCGGAGAGGAAAUCGACAACGCUGAAGUUUCCGAAGGCUUCAAGCGCAACGAAAUAUUCGAGGAAUUGAUCCCGCAGGGAAAGACUGUUGAGGAGAAAGUUUUCGAAUACGAUGGGCCUCACCACGCCGUGAGGUACACCGAAACCAUAAUUGAGGAGACGUUUAUCGAUAAUUCAUCUCAACAGGUUCCCGAAGAGGUUUCCAUUAAGACGAAAGUCCAAAGAGGAACUGCUGAGGAGAGCAAGUUAACAAGGCAAUCGUCGAAAGUCGAGCGAGUCGAUUCUGUUGAGUCUAGAAAGGCGUCGAUAACAGAUAUUCCUAGGAGAAACUCCCAAACAGCUGUUGUGGAAGAUGGUAAGCUGUCUCGCCAGAGCUCGAGGAUGAGUCGAGUUGACUCCGUGGAGUCGACGAGGGCCUCGAUCAGUGAUCUGUCCAGACAGAAUUCACAAACAGCUGUUCUUGAGGAGGGCAAGCUCUCCCGUCAAAGCUCGAGGAUGAGUCGAGUUGACUCGACGGAGACGAGAAGAGGUUCCGUGACUUCAGGAUCAAGGAGAAACUCGCAAAAGGCUGCCACUGAUGACGACGAUGAUCUGGAUGCUGAUGAGAAGACCAAGUCUCUUCUUGAGAGGAUCAAGAGACAGCGAAGUGUUCUUGAAGAAAUUAUCGAUCAAACCACGGAGAAACCGGAGAAUGGCGAAAUCGGAGCCGCGCCAUCAAUCGUGAGCCACGACCUCGAAGACCGAACGAUCUACGAAACCCAGAGCACCGUCUUCACGAUAAAAGCAACCGGUCUCCCCCGUCCCGACGCGAAAUGGUUCAAAGACGAGAAGCCCUUGAAGUCUGCUGACAAAGCCAAACCCGCCCAGGUAGGAGAGACCUACACCCUGACAAUCAACAAAGCAACAGAGAAAGAAACCGGAAUAUACCAACUUGUCCUGACCAACAAACUCGGUUCGGCAAGCCUCGACGCUUUCCUGGAAGUUGGGCCAGUGGGAGACCUCCGCAAGCCCAGAUUCUGUGAGGGCGUGAAGGACGUAGACGUCGAGAUCCACACGUCAGGCACCCUCCAGGGAGUCCUAACAGCGGACCCCAUCCCCGACGUGGUAUGGCUGCACGACGGAAAGGAAAUCCCAGUAGACGACAAGAAGUUCACUCGAAACCUAGCAAGCCGAAAAGUAGAAGACGGCCUUCACCAAUGCACCUUCUCCCUCAGCAUAGCCGACUGUCUGCAAAGCGACGUAGGCAAAUACACCUUAAAAGCCACAAACAUUCACGGCGAAGACAGCUCCACAGCCGAUUUGGAACUCCUCGCCCCGCCCCAGAUUCUAGAGUUCAAGGACCUCAAUGCAGCUGUCGAGGAACUAUCUCGUUGGGAAGUGAUUAUCAAGUCCAACCCGAAGGCGGAGCUCUCCUGGGAGAGAGAAGGCGUUCUCCUCGAAGACGAGAGUCGCUACGGCUCCGAGGACGACUACAAGAACAAAAUAUACAGAUUGGUCCUGAAAAACGUAGCUUACGAAGACGCCGGCACCUACAGAGUCAUCGCUAAGAACUACCUCGGAGAAGACAGCGCGGAGGCACAACUGAUACCUUACACCGAACCCCCGGAGUUCCUUCAGACCCUCUCCAACGGAUCUGUCCGCCACGACGCGGCUAUCGAGCUGAAGGUCGAGGCUAAAGGCAUAGCUCGCCCCAAGAUCCAGUGGUUCAUCAACGGAGACGAACUCACCAACGACGGACGCCACACCAUCAAUACAAUCGUCGACGACCACGUCUUCAGUACUCUGAGCAUCGUCAACUUCGAUGCGACCGACGAGGGAGAGCUCGUCUGCGUCGCAACGAACCUCGCGGGAAAAGCCAAGGCCAAGUGCACGUUGUCUAUGAUCAGAAUCCCACCGACCUUCGACAAAUUGCUGCCAAAAUCGAAACAGAUUGAGGAAGGUGAGCCCCUCGAGUUGACCCUCGACAUAGACGGGAGUCCCUUCCCGAAGGUGACCUGGUUCAAGGACGGCGAGAAGAUCGUACCUGAUGGUCACAUCAAGAUUGAAACACAGCCGAAUGGUUCGACGAAGCUGACAAUCGACAGAUGCACCCCGACGGAUUGCGGAGCUUACAAGCUCAUAGCUAAGAACAACAAUGGAGAGAACACCACCCAGUGCGCGGUUGCAGUGAAGCCCACCCUCCGAAGGCCGUCGUUCUCCAAGCCUCUGGAAGACGUCCACAUCGUGGUGGGAGAGCCCUUGAAACUGCAAGCCCAAGUAGUCGCUUUUCCAACUCCGGAGGUCCAGUGGUUCAAAGACGGCUUGCCAUUGCGCAAAUCUCAGGAGAUAGAGUUCAUCAACGAACCGAAUGGCGUCAUGGGCCUGUCCAUCGAGAAUACAAAGCCAGAGGACGCCGGGGUGUACUCUCUGGUUGUGAAAAAUGACCUUGGUGAAGUUACUGGAACAGCUGAUGUCGAGGUUGAAGCUAAAGAGAAGAAGCCAGGGUUCUUGACCACCCUUCAGCCCCUGACAGUCGUUGAGGGAUUCCCAGCUAAGCUGGAGGUGACGACGGUUGGUAAACCACCACCAUUGCUUAAGUGGACGCACAACGGAGUGGAGAUCGUUCCCGAUGGACAACACAUCAAGGUCGUCUCCCAGCCUGACGGUACCCACGCCCUUCUUAUCGACAAAGUCAGCGCUGAGGAUGCCGGAGAGUACGGAGUGGUGGCUACUAAUUCCGAAGGCGAGGAAGCCAGUCAUGGAAUAUUAAGUGUUGCUGGAAGGGAGAAAACUGACGCACCUGGGGAGAAGCCAGUCUUCCUCGGACAGCUGAGAGACGUCAGUGUUGAAGAAGGUGAAGCCUUGUCCCUCAGUGCAGCGUUCUCAGGUAAUCCUCUUCCCGACGUCUCCUGGACGAAGGAUGGAGAAGCUGUGGAGCCGUCGGACUCCCGAGUUCUCUUAUCCUGUGAUGGGAGGAAGGUGGGAAUCGAGAUAUAUCCCUGCACAGCUAAGGACGCGGGAGUCUACCGAUGUCGUCUGGUCAAUCCUCUGGGGGAAGACUCGUCCAGCGGAAUCGCGACUGUUCGGAAAAUCCACUCGAAACCGAACUUCGCACAGCGUUUCACGGAUCUUCAGCAGCUGCCAGGGCAUGACGCCAAGUUCGCUGCAAGGAUCACUGGAAUACCUCGUCCGGAUGUCGCCUGGUACUUCAACGACAAACCGAUCCCGCGUGAUAACGACAAGUACAAGAUCAAAAGAGACGGGGAUAUAUGUUGUCUGUACAUAUCGGACUGUUCUCCAGCUGAUGCUGGAAGAUACAAGUGUAGAACUGUGAACAAAGAGGGCGAGGCUUCCUGCGAGGCCGCUCUAUCCCUAGGUUCUGGCAUCGACAGCAGACAGAAAGUCGAACCUCCGUCCUUCCUAAAACGCAUAGGGGACUGUGAGAUUUAUAAAGGCAUGACCGCCAAGUUCACAGCAUGCGUAACAGGCUGUCCUGACCCUAGUUUCGAGUGGUACCGAAACAACGAAAGACUCUGGCCGACCGAUCGCAUCAGAAUGGAGGAAGAAGGCUCCGGUCUCCUUCGCUUAAUUCUCAUGAAUAUCGAUGAGCACGACGUAGGUAAAUACAGCCUGAGGAUCUACAACCCCCACGGCGAAGACAUCUGCCACGCAGAGAUGCGUUACGACACCCUGGACAUUCGUCCCAAGAAACCACUGGCCGAUCAGUACUCGGAGUUCGAUAAGUACCGCAAGUCCGGGAUACCCCUGCCCCUUGCCGAUCGCCCAAUCAUCAGCAGGAUGAUGGACAGACACCUGACGCUCUCGUGGAAGCCGUCAAUCCCCAUCGGACCACGUGUCCCAGUGACCUAUCUCGUCGAGAUGUGUGAGCUACCCGACGGUGACUGGUUCACAGCCAGAUCCGGCCUCCGCAGCUGCGUAUGUGACAUCAGAAACCUCGAACCCUUCCGCGAUUACAAAUUCCGUAUUCGAGUUGAGAACAAGUACGGAAUAAGCGAUCCCUCGCCAUUCGCCCAGACGUACCGUUCCAAGCUCCUGCCAGACCCACCGAAGUUCCAUCCGUACCUUCCUCCGGGCAUCGAUUUCCGCCCGGAAACUAGCCCUUACUUCCCCAAAGACUUUGACAUCGAGCGCCCCCCUCACGACGGCUACGCUCAGGCCCCCAAAUUCCUCCGUCAAGAGCAUGACGCCCAGUACGGCGUGAAGAACCACAACUGCAACCUCUUCUGGUUCGUCUACGGCUAUCCAAAACCAAAGAUGAAUUACUACUUCAAUAACGAAUUGAUCGAGUGCGGAGGGCGUUACGACCACAGCUACACUAGGAACGGUCAGGCGACGCUUUUCAUAAACAAGAUGUUGGAAAGAGAUGUUGGGAUAUACGAGGCAGUUGCCACAAACGAGCACGGCGAAGCUCGGCAAAGGGUUCGGUUGGAGAUCGCUGAAUACCCAACGUUCAUCCAGCGCCCUGACGAAAGCAUCAUAAUGCUACGGAGGAACGGACACCUCCAGGCUAGGAUCCUCGGGGUUCCUUACCCUGAGAUCAAGUGGUAUAAAGACUGGAAGCCCCUGGCGCCGUCCGCCAGGAUCAAGAUCGACUUCUUCGAGCCGGACACAUCAGUCCUCACCAUCAACGACGCCAUCCUCAAGGACGAGGGACUGUACUCCGUGAGUGCUAGGAACGUGGCUGGAUCUAUCUCAUGCUCGGUGAUGGUCCACGUCGAGGAGAAUGAGCAUGAAUACGGGUACAGAACGUACACGAGGCAGACGGACGUCAAGCCGAAGACAAAAUUAUUCGAUGAUUACUAUGAUCUCGGGGAUGAGCUUGGAAGGGGCACUCAGGGUAUCUCUUAUCACGCUGUUGAGAGGGCGACUGGCAAGAAUUAUGCCGCUAAAGUGAUGCACGGACGUGGGGAGCUGAAGCCUCUCAUGUUCAACGAGAUUAACGCUAUGAAUCACCUGAAUCAUCGCAAUCUCCUUCGACUUCAUGAUGCGUAUGAGACAGAUGGCUCCAUGACACUUUUGAUAGAACUCGCUGGGGGAGGAGAACUGGUGGACACCCUGACGCGGAAUCCGUUCUACACCGAAUGGGAAGUGGCUAACUACAUCAGACAGAUCCUGAGAGGACUGGAGCACAUGCACAAUGAGAGUUGGGCUCAUCUGGGCUUGACCCUCGGCGAUCUCCUGAUCUCGCACUCUGGUAGUGAUGAUCUGAAGAUCGGGGACUUUGGCCUCGCUCGAAGGAUUUCUUACAACAGAUUGAUGACUCUUGUUUACGGAAUGCCGGAGUUUGUUGCGCCGGAGGUUGUCAACGGGGAUGGGGUGGCAUACGCUGCUGACAUGUGGUCUCUUGGUAUCAUUACGCAUAUCCUGUUGUCGGGAAUCUCUCCGUUCCGCGGAAUCAAUGAUCGCGAGACUCUGACGAAGAUUAAGAAUGGAAAUUGGGACUUUGACGAGCGCUGGUGGAUGCACAUCUCGAGUGAAGCUAAGGACUUCAUAAAACGACUUCUUGUUUACACUAUUGAGGAUCGAAUGGAUGUGUCUGAGGCGCUUCGGCAUCCUUGGCUACGCAACCUGGAUAAACCACCGGUGGAGCCUUACAAGAUCCCCUCGGAAAAUCUGAGGAACUACUACAAAUUAUUCAGGGAUUGGUACAGCAACGCCUCUUGCAGGAACUGGUACAGGAGGAGGAGGUUGAGCAGUGCGUUUGAACAUCCCUCGAAGAUGGUGUAUCCACCUGGGGAUAGGUACACACCAGAACCCACUGCUGAACGCACUUAUACUCCGCGGGAGAAGCCGGAGCCCAGGGCUUGGGAGAAUAGGGUGCCAUCGAGGGAGCCUAUUGACACGGAAAUUGGAAUGUUCUCGAACGAAAGUCAUUACCAGAACGGCCCGGAUACUUACCUCCUUCAGCUACGGGAUACCGACUUCCCGGUUCGGCUUCGGGAGUACAUGAAGGUCGCUCAUGAUCGUUGCCCGAGCUUCACGAGGAUCUACAAUGACGAUGGGUACGACUGGAGAACCCCAAUAAUAAGAGAACGCCGAAGAUUCACAGACGUAAUGGACGAGGAGAUCGACGAUGAGCGUAAAGCGAGGAUCAACAACUACGGAGCGGACUCCAACACAAUGCGACGUUUGCGUCACGAAUUGGGAACCCGCCUGGACUCCUACUACGAGGCUGACGCCAUGAUAGAAGAGAAGAAAGGUGGAAACCUCCCAUUCUUCCGUGAGAAGCCCCAGAUCCUCCAGAUCCAAGCAGGCAAGUGUGCCCAGCUGGCCUGCUACGCCGUUGGGAACCCAAAGCCCAACGUCCAAUGGUACAAGAACGACCUCGUCAUCCAAGAAGGCAAGAGAAUCAGCAUCGUCGAGGCAACCGACGGCAGAUCAAUCCUCAGCUUCAACCCAACCCGGGAAUACGACAUCGGAAUCUACAAAGUGGUUGCCAGAAAUCCCGUGGGCCAAACCGUAGCUCGAACACGAAUAGUUUUAGCCACCGUCCCAGGUAUUCCCCAGGCCCCAGAAGUCUGUGGCAUAUCAGACACGGAAAUCCUCCUGCGUUGGAAAGCCCCGAAGGACGACGGAAACUCCGAAAUAUUGUGUUACAAUUUACAAUACAAGGCUGGUGACUCCAUCGACUGGAUCGAUGUGGCCAGCAAUAUCGAUCACGAGUUCUACCUCGUCAAAGAUCUCCAACCGAACACGAGCUAUCACUUCCGGCUGGCAGCUAGGAACCGCAUUGGCUGGGGUGACAAAGGCUUCGAGACCAAUCUCAUUCAGACAAAGCCAGAGGGAGCGCCGAAGGUGCCUAUCAGUCGGGCAAUGACACAUCUACAGCAUCUGACUGAGUCCGGUCAGGAGAUCAUCCCUGACGAGGAGAAGCCGAGGAUCAGUUACGACGCUGAGGACACACCCAUCGAGUGGACCAUCGACUCCCAGUUCACGAGUCGGUAUUCCUUCAUCUCUGAGGUCUCCAGGGGGCGAUUCUCCAUGGUUGUUAAGGGCGCUGAGAAGGAGAGUGAUAAGCUGGUGGUGGCCAAGAUCCUGGAGAUUCGUCCGGAACUGAAGGAAGCGGUGGGCGAGGAGUUCCAGGUGUUGAGGUCCCUCAGACACGAGAGGAUUGCACUUCUCGACGCGGCUUACUGGGCCGCCGACUCACCAGUCGCUGUCUUCAUCCUGGAGAAGCUGCAGGGGUCUGAUGUCCUGACGUAUCUGGCCAGCAGACCUGAGUACACCGAGAACUGCGUCGCUACUAUUGUCACAGAGGUUCUUGAUGCUCUUCAGUACCUUCAUUGGAGGGGAUACUGCCAUCUGGAUAUUCAACCUGAUAAUGUGGUGAUGGCUUCUCUCAGGUCGGCGCAUGUUAAACUUGUCGACUUUGGAACUGCGAAGAAGGUCUCGAAACUGGGAACUGAGGUCCCGUUGAAGUCCGGGCAUCAUGAGUACAGGUCGCCUGAGGUACUCAAUGAGGAGUUGGCGUAUCCUCAGACUGAUAUUUGGAGCGUUGCUGUUCUCACUUAUGUGCUCUUGUCUGGGGUGUCGCCGUUUAAGGGGGCUGAUGAUAAUGAGACUAGGCAGAAUAUCUCGUUUGUGAGGUACAGAUUCGAACAUUUGUAUAAGGAAAUCAGCCAGGAAGCUACGAGGUUCCUCAUGCUGCUGUUCAAACGAACACCUAGUAAGAGACCUACAGCUGAGGAAUGCCACGAGCACAGGUGGCUGAUGCCCACAGAAUUUAUGAUUAAGAAGCGAGAGAGAGCGUCUUUCCCUGGUGAUAGAUUGAAAAAAUAUAACGAAGAAUAUCACGAAAUGAAGCACAACCUUGCAUCGACGAGUGACAAUCUGACGGAAGCCUUUGGAAGUCUUCGUAAUUUAAAUAGAUCCUACAGCACAGAGGAUGAAUUGAUCACAUCCAUCGACUUAGAGUAAGGUACAAUUCAAUUAUGAUUUUCCAAAUAACGUAUUUAUUUAUUGAGAAAGUUUUUAACUAUUGAAGAAUAAAGGGCCAUUUUUUCGAAAAAUUUCAAGUGAAACAUCUGUGAAAAUUAUCGCACGGCGACCGGAAUUUCAAAGUUUUUUUCGUUCUUGUUCUGUUAUUUAUUUGUUGAACGUUUGAGAGACGUCGUUUGUGGCCUUCAUUAGUUCAUUUUAGACAUGAAUACAUGAAAAACUGUACAAAAAACGUUAAUUAUGGGAUGAAUUGCACGUUAAUUUAUAUAAUAAUUUUUUUUCUUUAUUUACAAAAUGUUUCCUGGAAAUAAAGACUACAAUGCUGAAAAAUA